AUGGUCUCCUCCGCUGUUUUAGGUUUCCCAAGAAUCGGUGCCUUCAGAGAAUUGAAGAAGAACACCGAGGCUUACUGGUCCGGUAAGAUCGACGCUGAACAGUUGUUGAAGGUCGGUAAGGACAUCAGAGAAAAGAACUGGAAGUUGCAAAAGGAAGCCGGUGUGGACAUCAUUCCUUCCAAUGACUUCUCCUUCUACGACCAAGUCUUGGACUUGUCCAUUCUCUUCAACGUCAUCCCAGACAGAUACACCAAGUACGAGUUGUCCUCUUUGGACACCUUCUUCGCCAUGGCCAGAGGUUUGCAAAGAAAGGCCACCGAGACCACCAAGGCUGUCGAUGUUCCAGCUUUGGAGAUGGUGAAGUGGUUCGACGCUAACUACCAUUACGUCAGACCAACUUUCUCCAAGUCCACCAACUUCAAGUUGAACGGCCAAAAGCCGGUCGACGAAUACUUGGAAGCCAAGGCUUUGGGCAUUGAAACCAGACCUGUUCUUGUUGGUCCUGUCUCCUACCUUUACUUGGGUAAGGCUGACAAGGACUCCCUUGACCUGGAACCAAUCUCCCUUUUAGAAAAGCUCUUGCCUCUUUACGUUGACAUCUUGAAGAAGUUAGCUGACGCCGGUGCCAAGGUUGUUCAAAUCGAUGAGCCAACCCUUGUCUUGGACUUGCCAGAAAACGUCAAGGCUGCUUUCCAAACCGCUUACUCCAAGUUGGCUGCUGCUGAAGGUCUUCCAGAGUUGAUCUUGACCACCUACUUCGGUGAUGUCAGACCAAACUUAGACGCUAUCAAGGAAUUGCCAGUCUCUGGCUUCCACUUCGAUUUCGUCAGAACCCCAGAACAAUUCGACGACGUUGUCUCCAUCAUUGGUGAGAAGACCUUGUCUGUUGGUAUUGUCGAUGGUAGAAACAUCUGGAAGAACAACUUUGCUGAAUCCGUUGACUUCGUCAAGAAGGCUAUCGCCAAGGUUGGUGCUGACAAGAUCAUUGUCGCCACUUCUUCUUCCCUUUUGCACACUCCAGUUGACUUGACCAACGAAAAGAAGUUGGACGCUGAAAUCAAGAACUGGUUUUCCUUCGCCACCCAAAAGGUUGACGAAGUCGUCACCAUCACUAAGGCUAUUGCCGGUGAAGACGUUUCUGCUAAGUUAGAAGAAAACGCUGCUGCUAUCAAGUCCAGAAAGGAAUCCAAGAUCACCAACAACCCAGAAGUUAGAAAGAGAACUUCCGAAGCUCAAGCUGACGAGUCCAUGGCUAAGAGACACUCUGACUUCCCAACCAGAUUGGUUUCCCAAAAGGCUAAGUACAACUUGCCAUUGUUCCCAACCACCACCAUUGGUUCUUUCCCACAAACUAAGGAAAUCAGAAUCAACAGAAACAAGUUCAGCAAGGGUGAAAUCUCUGCUGAAGAAUACGAAAAGUUCAUCAACUCUGAAAUGGAAACUGUUGUUAAAUUCCAAGAAGAAAUUGGUUUGGACGUUUUAGUCCAUGGUGAACCAGAAAGAAACGAUAUGGUUCAAUAUUUCGGUGAAAAAUUGAACGGUUUUGCUUUCACCACCAACGGUUGGGUUCAAUCUUACGGUUCUAGAUACGUUAGACCACCUAUCAUUGUUGGUGAUGUUGACAGACCAGCUGCUAUGACUGUCAAGGAAUCUGUUUACGCACAAUCCUUAACCAAGAAGCCAAUGAAGGGUAUGUUAACUGGUCCAGUUACUAUCUUGAGAUGGUCUUUCCCAAGAGAUGAUGUCACCCAAAAGGUCCAAUCCUACCAAUUAUCCCUUGCUUUGAGAGAUGAAGUUAACGACUUAGAAAAGGCUGGUAUCACUGUCAUUCAAGUUGAUGAACCAGCUAUCAGAGAAGGUUUACCAUUGAGAGCUGGUUCUGAAAGAUCUGACUACUUGCAAUGGGCUGCUGAAUCUUUCAGAAUCGCAACUUCUGGUGUUGAAGACUCUACUCAAAUCCACUCCCACUUCUGUUACUCAGACUUAGAUCCAAACCACAUCAAGGCUUUGGACGCUGAUGUUGUUUCUAUCGAAUUCUCAAAGAAGGAUGAUCCAAACUACAUUCAAGAAUUCUCAAACUAUCCAAACCAUAUCGGUCUUGGUUUGUUCGAUAUUCACUCCCCAAGAAUUCCUUCCAAGGAAGAAUUCAUCGCUAGAAUCGGUGAAAUCUUGAAGGUUUACCCAGCUGACAAAUUCUGGGUCAACCCAGAUUGUGGUUUGAAGACCAGAGGUUGGGAAGAAACUAGAGCUUCUUUGACCAAUAUGGUUGAUGCUGCUAAGUACUACAGAGGAAAGUACUAA